AUGUUGUGCUUUCGCUUUGCCCCAUGGUCGCGCCAUCGCUGGCGCUGUGGAUGGCUCCUGUUGGGGCUGGCGCUAACAUGGAGCACCAAUUUUGAGGCGCCGCCUGCCUUUCUGGCCGCGGAGAGCCGGGCUCUCCCACGGGUUCCGGGAACGGCGCUGCGGGGCGCUAGAGGAGCCGCUGGUGGAGGCGGAACGCUUGAUGCGGGAUCGCCUGCGUCGCGACAACUACUUGCAGGUUUGGUGCUCCUUGGCACAGGAUCCUGCGCACGUUUCGCCUGGAAAAGGACGGCGUGUUUACGCCGUGGCAAGGCCAAAGAUGCGGUCGUGGAAGCGCUGGGUGAAGACUUCUUCAACCAGCUCCGCGCGCGCGUCGCGUCCUCGUCAUCUGGGUCUUCGUCCUUGAGGCCGUUGAUUGUGGCCAUGGGAACGCGAGGAGACGCGGAGCCGGGCUUCCGUCUGGCUGCGGCGCUGAAGGAGCGAGGACAUGAGCCUUUGGUGGUUUCACUGGAUGCAUACAAAGAGGAAGCUGUGAAGAGGUGGAACUUAGAUUUUCGCUCCUGCGGCCUUGAACGGGUGCCGUUGUCGGAGGAGUACCUGACAGGUCAGACUCGCGCUGACCAGGUGUAUUCGGAUCGAGGUUGGUAUGGGGAUGCCUGGACCAUGGUGGGUGAACGUCUGCACCAAGCCGCGCUGGAGCAUCGUUGCGACCUCAUCGUGACCACCUCCAUGGGCAACACCCACUGCCUCGACGUGGCCGAGCAGCUGAACCUGCUGUGCAUCGCGCUGAAGUUCUGCCCCGACAUUGACGGUCAAGUGCCGACGGGCGACUUUCCACCCUCUGGCUAUCCGUCCUUACCCGGACCCCUCAACUACUUGCAGCACCUGCUGGAGAAUUCGCGGACGGUGGCGGCCGUGUUCCGUGGUGGCUACAUCCCCAAAGUCAUCGACUUCCGCACCAAACUGGGCAUGGAAUCCAUGGAGAUCCCCGGCGUCGGAGCGAAGGUUCCCACAUACUCGGAGCUCCGGCAGAAGCAACAGGCGAACCAGCCCAGUCUGUACGCCUUUAGCGAUGCAUUGGCGAAUCGCCCCCAGGAGUAUCAGUCCUGGCACUUCGUCACCGGCUCCUUUUCUGCCAAUGAAAGCAGAGAUGUAGAGCUACCAGGUGUCCUGAGAGACUUCCUGGCGUCUUCGCCGGUUUGCAUCGCCUUCGGCUCCAUCAGCCUGGCGCGCGGCGACGACGACAGCUCCGGCGGUUCCGGCGGCGCGCCCUUCCAGCGCCGGGCGCUGGCGGCGGCGCGGCGCCAGGAGCUGCCCGUGCUGGUGGUGGAUCCGGAGGUGGAGGUGGAAGGACCGGAUGCAGACGACCCUGGCGUUUUCCGUUUGCGCUCUGCACCCUACAGCGCGCUGUUCCCCCGCUGCCGCCUGGUGGUGCACCACGGCGGCGCCGGCACAGCGCAGGACGCGGUGCGCGCAGAGUGUCCGCAGCUGGUGGCGCCGGUGCUGGCGUGGUCGGAUCAACCGUUUUGGGCCAGGGAAGUGGAGGAAAGGAAACUUGGUGUCAAAGUGGGUGAAGGAGGACGUGCGCCCAGCGAUGAAGACUGGGAGCAAACACUGCAGCGCUGCCUGGCAUCGCUGGAGGAGUUCCAACGAAACGCUCGACAGGCCAAGGAACGAAUGAUGCAGGAGGGAGGCGUCCAGAUGGCAUGCCAAAUCAUCGAAGACGUGAUGCUGAGCUGAUCCAAACGGCGACUGGUGAUGUUCCAGUUUGCAAACUGCGGGGCUGUCAUUACCAGAAGGUAGCCUGCAAUGGAAAACUUACCAUUGGCAGAUCAUUUCCAAGGGAAAACCGUGAAUUUCCAGAACUAUGUUGGCAGCAUAGAUUGACAUUGAGAUAAGGUCGGGACCCGAUCCAAAAGGGACGGGUUGACCAGUUGUCGCAAUGUGGAUUGGGGUCUGGAAAAUCUUGACCCACACCAUGCUGAUGAGUUGGGUCUGGCCCAAUUCUUUGGGCCAUUUUUUUCUGCAUAUGUCAGGAUUUCCAACAUGUUUUGUUUGUUUGUUUGUUUGUUCCCGAGAGCGUCUGAGCGCAGGGUUCUUCCAAUAGUGGGG